AUGGGGAACAAGACUUACAUUAAAGAAUUUAUUUUGGUGCCAUUUUCCACAAAAUCUGGAUAUACAUCAUUAAUAACCAGCUUAUUUUUCUUCCUAUAUGUGUUUGGAGUGAUCAUAAAUGUUAUUAUAAUUGCAGUGAUAUCCACUUGUAAUCAGUUACACACUCCUAUGUAUGCAUUUCUCUGUAACCUGGCCUUAGUAGAUAUCUGUUUUACAACCACGACUGUCCCUAAAUUGCUGUACAUAAUACUAUCUGGAGAUAAUACAGAGUCCUUCUUAAAAUGCUUCACCCAGAUGCACUUUUAUGUUUUGGCUAGUAGUGCAGAAGAUAUUCUAAUAUUCAUUAUGGCAUAUGACCGAUAUGUUGCUAUAUGUGAUCCUUUGCACUACCAUUAUAUCCUAAACAGGAAACACUGUAUCUUAUUAGCAUCUGCUACUUGGAUAUUAGGAUUCUUAAACUCAUUUCUGUUUACAAUUCCAAUCUCACACAUGUCAUUCUGUCAGUCUCGCACCAUACACCAGUUUUUAUGUGAUCCUAAAGCUCUGAUUAACAUCUCCUGUGCUGGCAGUGAACAGUUUUAUACUGUUCUCUAUAUGGAAUUUUUGAUAUUAGGAUUUUUUCCAGCCAUGUUCUGUUUGACAUCUUAUAUAAAAGUUAUCAAGGUCAUCUUACAGAUAAAAUCUAAGGAAGGAAGAAAAAAAGCCUUCUCCACCUGCUCAUCCCACCUCACCACUGUCAUUAUUUACUAUACCACAGGUUUGUCUGUGUUCAUGAUGCCACCAUCAGAAUACUCCAAUGUCCUAGAACAGGUCUUUACAGCACUGUACGCAGUUGUUACACCCAUGAUUAAUCCUCUCAUCUACAGUUUACGGAAUAAAGAUGUGAAAAGUGCUCUGCUGAGACUACUGGGGAUAAAAUUAAGUGUUAAAAAAAUAUCAAACUAA